AUGCAGGCAAGGGCGAUCGACCAGAAGGGCAAGUACAAGAUACUUGCGAUCGCGCUUCAUAUUGCCCAAAAGGGAAAGACUACGUACCGUGUACCUUUGGCCGCCACCAGAUCUCUGUUUGGCAGUGUAAAAGUCCCCUUUUGGGCAGCCUCCGAGGCACAGCUCCGGCACUCGUCCCGUUUCUUUGGCGCGUUGGACGGCCAGGACCAAAGCAUCCGCUGGCAGCGACAUGCUCGUCCUGCAGUCAACAAGCUGCACCGCGCCUGUUUGGCGAGUCUGAGCGCUUGUGGUCGGCACCUGCAAUUGGCCUAG